UUUUAAGUUAACAUAUAAUUUCUGUAUUAAUUUAUUAUAUUGCAUGAUUGUUUCUUAAUGUUAUGUUAUGUGAAACGCUGGGGAUCUUUACUCCCCCUUAGGAAGAAAUCAAGGAAAGGGACUCUCUCUUUGUCAGUACUCUCGCCUUGUUAGUCAGCGAGAUGACGCGUAAAGGAGCACUUCCUGUGUUAUCGUUGUCGUACUUGUUUAUAUUUUGUGUUGCAAUAUUCGAAAGAAACGCUUUCGCAUCUAUCGAAAUUAACGAAGAUACGGAGAUCAUAGAGAAGAAACGCAUUGAAGGAUGUAUCGAGUGUGGCGAUUAUAGGUGUCCGGGGGACUUUGGAAAAUGUUUAUUAGGUUCUGUUCUCGACCCAUGUAAAUGUUGUGCAACUGGUAUAUGUGCUCGAUUGGAUGGCGAACCUUGUUGGAAUUCUAGUAUACCUGGAUUGCCUUCGAAACGUCGUAACGAUGGUCUAUGUGCAAGAAAUUAUGAGUGCAAGUUAAGGUCGGACCUCCGGAAAGAGGACGAACCAGAAGCCACUUGCGUUUGUAUGGAACAAACUCCAGCGUGUGGUAAUGAUAAUAAAACGUACACAACACCUUGUGCGCUGCAUGAAGAGGCAAUGAGACGGAAACGUUCAUCUUCCUUGACGUUACAGCAUCUUGGUCCGUGUCAAAGCCGUCCCUGGAUUUUAUCUCCUUUAGAAGAUGUUUUAUCAGUGUUUGGCCAACGAUUAGCACUAAAUUGUGAAGCGAAAGGCUUCCCUGUUCCCGAUAUUUUUUGGGAAUUUCAUGCAGCAGAUGGGAGGAAAGUCUUGAAACUGCCAGGUGAAGCCCAAGGAGCGACAGUUCAUAGCAGCGUCGGUCCGGAACCUCUUAUGCGAACAUCAUGGAUGCAAUUACCUCGUGUCACCAAAGAGUAUGUUGGAAUGUAUCAUUGCAUUGCCAAAAAUUCGUGGGGUGAAGCUAGUAGUGCAUCUUUUGUUUCUAUGUCGGAACACUAAAUGUGUUCUUUUUUUUAUACGUAUGUCAGAAUUUGUAAAAGUUAAAUAAAUUACACGAAUGCUUGUUAAAAACAAA